AUGCAGGUACCAUCUCCAUCUCUAUAUUCAUCCUUUUUAUUCCUAUUUGUAUCUCUUCGAUAUGAAAUCGAGUUUGAGUUUCAAGUUUUGAGUUUCGAGUUACUGCCUGUUGGCGAAGAGUGGGCGUACCUAGGCCAGGUUGCGUGGAAGCGGGGUGGUACAACUCCAGAUCAUAAAGGGUUGAUUCUGCUAGCGAAAGACGGUAGCGACGCGCUGGGGGAUAUAGUUGACUGGAUACCCACAUCCACCUUCUCCUUCUCCGCCUCCACUUCCUCCCCUUCCACCUCGAUCACCUCUACUUCCCCCUCACCCGUAUUCUCAACCUGGCGCGGCGACCCAUCCAACCCGCACAAAUACGUUUGCGGAGGCGACUUCCUUGUCCUCAGAUGCACCAAGCCCACACCCGCGCAGAAGGUGGGGAUUAAGGCAAUACGGAGGGAUCUUGUGUUGGAGGUUAGACCGGAUCGGGGUGUGUGGGCGCGUGAGGGGGUGGUGUGGGGUGUCGCUGUGGAGGGAGGCGUGGACACGGAGAACUUUGGCGUGAGGGGGCAGAUGCUGAGUGUGUGCAAUGCAGAUAGGGUGGAUUUGCUGCAUAAGCGGACAGGAGCAUUUGCGGUUGUGGUUGGACGAUCAGGAUCAGGAUCAGGAGCUGGAUCUGCGGUUGGGGCCAGUGCGAGGGUUGUUGUUGUACGGUUUGAUGCGUAG